GAUUUGGAACGGUACUCAGAUAAUUGAGUUGCGAUAACAAUCCCAGAAGCGUAAGUCAGCCAGUUCAUCGAUUCUGAUUAAUUCCCGCAUUGCCUGGCAAAGACUUGGACUUGCUAGAUCAAUCCGUGGACUGUCUCUUCACAUCCAUCGAAGCAACUUGCACGAUUUACCGAAGCAGGAACGCAUCCAUUACAAUGGAGAAAGCAAACUUGCGCCAAGAGUUAUCGCCAGUCACAAUAUCAUCUACUGGCAAUCAUGAGGCUCAUGUGUCUUAUGGAGUGCGGUCUCUGCCAACACCACCCGAGUCUAGCCAUGGGGGAGAUUCUCGAACUUCAUAUUUUGUGAAUUGGGAAUCUAACAACUGUCCCAAGAACAAGGAAUACUCGCUCAUUCAUUCCCAUUGUCCUGUUCUCGGCCCCACAGGAUGUACUUCCGAUUUCUGCGCCUCUGGUAUGAUGUUUCAUCCCCUCGAGCCUCAUGUUGGAGAGAAUCAUCCACUAGCUGCCAUCAAGCUCGAAGCGGAAGCUUUCUUGCACGAGAUGUUCGAUGAGGGACUGUUCACGACUCGAGAGGAUUUCGCAUCUCGCUUAGUUGAAAUCCUGAAAGAAAUCGACAGUAACUCCUUGGAGGCUUCCGUUUGGCAGGCUUCUCAAACCGUAGUUGGAGAUCUUGGGGCUGUCAAAGUCAACGGAUGGACAAGUUCCGGCUAUACCCAGAGUCGAGAAGAACUUCGGUUUGGAAUUCGUUGUGCUUGGAGAAACUCACGAAAGUGUAUCAUGCGGGCACACUAUCCCGAGCUGAAGCUGGUAGAUCUGAGGAGCAUCAAGACGAGCCGAGGCAUGGUUGACGCAAUUGUUGAGCACGCUCCUGUUGCAUAUAAUGGGGGCAGGAUCUUACCUACUGUCUUCAUGUUUCCACCCAGAAGCAUCAAGAGCACAGGUCCCAUGUUCUGGUCACCCCAGUUGCUGACCUUCGCUGCCUAUGAAUUAGAGAAUCAUUCCAUUCUGGGAGACCCAUCCAAUCUUCGCCUGACUAGAGACAUCAUUGCCCUAGGCUGGAAUCCACCUGAGCCGAGGUCACGAUGGGAUAUCUUACCUAUUGUGGCCAUGGCUGAGAACGAAGAGCCUGCAAUGGCAAUCCUUCCUUACGAGCUUACUGAAUUGGUUCGCAUUAGCCAUCCGCAAUACCACUCGUUGGACUCUCUUGAUCUGAAAUGGGUCAAAUUCCCAGCUUUGGCUCGCCUCGGAUUUGACAUCGGUGGUGUGCAAUAUACAGCUUCUCCCUUCACGGGAUGGUUCAGGACGCCGAGAUUGGAGUUCGCAACCUCGCCGAUAGCUUUCGAUACAAUGUCCUUCCCCCAGUCGUAAAAGCUAUUGGUUGGCAAGAAACUUCAACUUCGUUUGAUGAUCUACCAGAUCAUGAGCGUCUCGUUUGGUUAUCUCGUGCUCAAGCCGAGUUUAACUAUGCAGUGCAGUCAUCGUUUAUGAAAGCUGGGGUAACUUGCACAAGUACUCUUGCUGCCUCUGAGUCCUGGUGUGCAUUCGAUGAUCAGCAUCUAAGAGAGAAAGGAUACCGACUUCCAGCCGAUCCAUACUGGAUUUUUCCUCCCCAAGGCAGUAUUGUACCACUUACGAACAUGGGGACAAAAGUCCGUGCGUUCAGGGCAUCAGAAUCAUGAAUUUUAUUAAUUAAUUAGCUGUAGACCAGCC